UCUCAUUUUCUCUAUCUAAGUUGUGUAUUAACUCUACCUCUUUUUGAACUAAUUAGCUAGCUUUCGUUUUCUUGAGUGAAUAGAAAAAUGGUAACAGCUGUGGUUAGAGCUGCUACUAUGGUGAUGCUGCUGCUUUUGAGCUGCAGCGCAUGCCAGGCGCAGCUUUCUCCUACAUUUUAUGCUAACACAUGCCCAAACGCACUUAGCACUAUUCGCACAUCCAUCAGAUCCGCCAUCGCACGAGAACGUAGAAUGGCUGCAUCUCUAAUCCGCCUUCAUUUCCAUGAUUGCUUUGUUCAGGGUUGUGAUGCCUCAAUCUUACUAGACAAUUCCCCUUCAAUCACAAGUGAAAAGUUUGUAACUCAAAACGACAACUCUGUAAGAGGUUUUGAAGUCAUUGAUCAGGCAAAAUCUGCUGUGGAGAACGUAUGUCCUGGAGUUGUAUCUUGUGCAGACAUCCUAGCAGUUGCAGCCAGGGAUGCAUCUGAAUACGUAGGUGGCCCAUCUUGGAAAGUGAAGCUUGGAAGGAGAGAUUCUACCACUGCUAGCGCAAGUCUGGCUAGCAGUCAACUUCCUCGUUUCUCAGACAGCCUUCAAAACCUUAUUCGUCUCUUUGGAAGCAAGGGCCUUAAUGAAAGAGACAUGGUUGCUUUGUCAGGUUCUCAUACAAUAGGACAAGCUCAAUGUGUUACAUUCCGGGAUAGGAUAUACAACAAUGCAAGUGACAUCGAUGCUGGAUUUGCUAGCACACGUAGACGCAAUUGUCCGGCUACUUCUCCCAAUGGUAAUGGAAAUUUGGCACCACUUGAUCUGGUGACUCCUAAUUCCUUUGACAACAACUACUUCAAGAACCUGUUGCAAAAGAAAGGUCUUCUCCAGUCGGAUCAGGUCCUGUUUAGCGGUGGAUCCACAGAUAGCAUUGUCAACGAGUAUAGCAGGGAUCCUUCAACUUUCAGCUCUGAUUUCGCAUCUGCCAUGAUCAAAAUGGGAGAUAUCGAACCUCUAACAGGUUCAGCUGGGAUAAUAAGGAGGAUUUGUAGCGCUGUCAACUAGAUGAAUAUGCAUCUGAACACCAAAACUGCUACAAUAAUAUUGAAGUUCACCUGAUUAUCUCCCUAAAUUGGAGAUCUUUUUUGUCUUAUGUUUAUUUCUCUCUUUUUGAGUCUUCUCUUAUUCUUUCAAGUGUAAAGUAGUUAUAAUGCUUUCUUUUCUGCCUCCAGUUGUACUGCGUCGCAUGUGAUCAAUAAACAAUAUCUGAAUUAAUUUCCGUAUCCUGGGACACUAGCAUUAUCUCCCUGAACUAAGCAUUUUUCGC